AUGGGUCCGUACCCGCCCGGGUACGGGUACGGGUACACCUCGGGACACCCGCGCGUGUACCCGUGCUCUGCACCACUAGCUAGAGGGCGAGGGCGAAGGAGCUGCAAGGUCGGCCGGCGCGCUCUGGGAGCACCAAGAUGGGGGUGCGACUCCAGGCAGCCGCGUGGCUGUUGGGUGCAGCACAUUGGCGAGAGUCAGCUGCAGUGCAAGGUCGUCACUUGCCCCAGGGGGGCAGAGCAAUGCCCCAGACCACUGCAGGCAGACUCGAUGCUGCAGCUGACUGCACAUGAGCAUUGCACGUGGCAGGCAACUUCGCGAGGGUGUGAGAGCAGUAAAGUGUCCCCCACUCAGGCCACUGCUCGCAAGGAGGCAUUUCUUGUGUUCUGCAUGCAAUUUGUGCAAACACCCACUUUUCGCUUGGUUGAGCUAUCAUGGGACCCUGCACAUCGAACUAAGCUAGAAGAGGAACUUGUCAAGCAGACACAAGGUGGUCCUGCAGAACUUAGUGCCAGUGCACCGCUCUCGGAGUUCAUGUGGCAGUCUUCUGGGCCCACUCAUGAAAAGCUCCCAGCACCACUCCAGAGGGCAUUGGAGCACUGGGAGGCAAAGCAAGUGACUGAGAAGCUUGGGCUCAAGGAGCCCACCGAGGCCACUAAAGUACAGGCCCUUGAGGCAAUGACCAAGCUGCAUGCACUCAAAAAGCUUGAGACUGGCUCAGAAUACCCGCUGAAGGACCAUUGGAUUUGCGAGAAUAAGGAGAGCCAAGAGGGCUGGAGACACUGGGUUGAGAAAGAGCCGCUGGCAGAUACAUGA